AUGGUGGGCUGCGGCAGUUAUUGCUGUGGGAGUUUCACCCUCCCAGCUUCUCAUGCUGUUGCAGUUAUUGAUUUCAUUCUUCUCUUUCCAUGCUUGCUAACUUCUGCGGUUAUCAUUCAGUGCAGUGUGAAUUUGCAUUAUCAUGUCAAGGGAGAUGAUAUUCAUGUUGUUGUUCCAGCACCGCACGUGUCGGUGUUCACCGAAAAAUGCUUAUUAGGGCAUACUUAUACUGUAUCUAAUUUUAAGGUGGUGCCUUAUGUUCUGGCGUUCAGGGCAUCAGGACACAAAUAUAUGAUCAAGUUUACUGCUGGAACGUCUGUUCUUGAUGAAGACAAACAUGAGAUACCCCCGAAAUCGAUUUUAUUUACAAGUUUUUCGGACAUCAUAACAGGGAGCAACAACAUGUUGAACUGUACUCUGUGGGAAUCAUACGCGGAUCAGUUCAUCAAGUUUAACAAAGUUAGGGUUGCUGCAUCACUCCCUACAGUUGUGUUGCUUCAAUAUGCCAAAGUAAAGGAAGAAGGAAAGUAUCCUCUGUCUGUGACAAACACCUACAAUGUGACCCUUUUAUGUGUUGAUGCUGAUUUUCCUGUCAUGAAAGACUUUAUUGAUAGAAUGCCUGAGGAGAGCAGGGUAACCCUGUCUGAACAACUCGGAGGGAAUUCCCAAUAUUCCUCCCAAAGCUCUGAAAAUCAACAGCUGACUCCUGUGCAAAAAUUGUUCUCAAAGGUUGUUGUUUUGCCUAUUGCUGAGAUUAUUCAACUUACGGAUGUUACAUUUUGUGCUACUGUCGCUACAACAAAAUUAUUAGUAGCGUCUCCGUUUGGAUGGUAUAAGAUUGAGAUUGAGGUUACUCAUGGGGGCAAAAGCUGCAAUUUUGUUUUCUGGAACAGAGAAUGUGAAAUGUUGUUGGGUUUAUCUGCAUCCCAACUUCGUAACACUAUGAUUCAGGGUGGAAUUACUGAUCCAUUGGACUUUCCGUUAGCACUUGAUCAGUUGUUGAAGUUGGAAAUGGCUAUGAAGAUUAAAGAGAGUGUUGAUGAGGCUAAAACAGAUGCCAAUGAAGACUCUGAAUUGGUUACAGACCUGGAAAUUACAUCUGAGCACAAGCCUGAUGCUGUCACACCUGGUGGUAAGAGGCAUCUUCCUGCUACAUCAAGUGAAUCCACUGAUUUGGACGGAUUACAUGAUGGAGAACUGUCAUCAAACAAGCUAAAGAAGAUAAUUAAAAUGGAGAAGAUUGAUUAG